AUGGCGAAUUUGAUGAUGCGAUUACCAUGCAGCUUGAGGAGCUUCUCCGUUUCGGCUUCUUCAUCGAACGGUUCGCCGCCGAUGGUCGGAGGAUCUAGCGGCGGUGCAGGGCCGAUGAUCGUGGAAUUGCCGCUGGAGAAGAUACGGAGACCGUUGAUGCGAACAAGGUCCAACGAUCAGAACAAAGUGAAGGAGCUCAUGGAUAGCAUCCGAGAAAUCGGUCUUCAAGUUCCGAUCGAUGUGAUUGAAGUUGAUGGAGCUUACUAUGGCUUCUCAGGUUGUCACAGGUACGAGGCGCAUCAGAAGCUAGGGCUCCCAACUAUACGCUGCAAAAUUCGCAAAGGAACAAAAGAAACACUAAGGCAUCAUCUUCGAUGA